GCUCGCUAUUAUUCACGCUCGCUACUAUGCAGAUCACUCCUUUCUGGGCGUCAAUCGCCCUAUUGCGCGUUCUACCAGUCCUCGCUCAAACAACCCCAACCCCAACUCCCACCUCAGCAGCACCGAGCUGCACAGCUUCCCUCGUCACCAGUCUCUGCAGCUAUCCAACACCAGGUCUCGAUUUCGCCGUCGCCAGCGACGGCAAACCCUCCUGCUGGAACUAUUGCAAUGCCCACCCUCCCUGCAACUUUGUCAUCUUCGCCGCCGGCAACCCUCUCACGGGCACAGGCACCUGCUGGCUGUACCCAGGUGAAAGCUUCGAUGCGAGCGCCGGCAGCUCUGACUGCGCCAACCCCUAUUUGUCUGUCUACGACCAGCCCGUGUGCCGGGGCAGUGGCACACCCACCUCAGGCAGUUGUGCAGCGACUGCAACGCCCUCUGCUGUAGCAUCUGUUUGCGGGUAUCCGACACCACCUGAUGACUGCUUUAGUACUUGUACUGCUAGUGAAAAUGCAUCGGACUGCUUAAGUCAAUGUGCAAAGGCCGACUCCUGCAGUUAUGUCGUCUUUAAUCCACAUAACCCAGACAAUUCACCCUACUCUUCGGGCACUUGUUGGAUGUAUCCGAGUGGUACCUACGACGCUAGAGCUGCGACUACUUGCAGUGGCCCGCCUGAGCAGUUUGUGUAUAAAAACGAGUGCCCUAAGCCAUCGCCUUCCUCGUCACCUGCUUCGUCGUCUGCUUCAUCAUCUGCUACAGCGCGAUCCAGCACUGAAACUACUAAAACUGGGAGUACUGCAAGUGGAACUGUUGGUGCUGGGACUGCAGCCGUCGCUGACGCAGCGUUGGCUACUACUAGUAAAACUUCGGCCUCUACUGCCCUCCGACUCACUAACCCGCUAGCUAUAUAUAUGGCUGUAUUGCUAUGGCAGGGUAUUGCAUGAUAUGCUUGUUGCUAGGUGUUGACAACUGUUCAAUCGCAUAGUUAAUCUAGUCCUUUAAACAUAUUGUCAAAUAGCAGUUUAUUGUUAUAUAAUACGUUAUUACACAUUGUAUUAAAAAUAAUAAAGCGGCGCACGGUCCAAAAUUACUAAA